GAAGACUACCGGGAAAGGACCUGUCGGGCGGAUUAGGGAAAGGAAAGGAAGAGGAAGGGCGAAGAAUCAUGACGGCUCUGGUGGUGGUGUGCAGUGGUGUAGGGAGGAAAAGCUUGACCACGGCUGCAGUCUGCCUCGCGGAUCGCGGAGCCCACACGGUGCUGUGGAGAAGAAGUUGUGCACAGUAUAAACAGGUAGCCAGCAAUGAGGACCUGCCAAUCCCGAUGGAAAACCCCUAUAAGGAGCCCCUUAAGAGGUGUGUCUUGUGUGAGAAACGUGUGGAUUAUAAGAAUGUACAGCUUUUGUCCCAGUUUAUCUCUCCAUUUACCGGAUGCAUUUACGGACGGCACAUAACAGGUCUUUGUGGGAAGAAACAGAAAGAAAUAACGAAAGCCAUUAAGAGAGCUCAGAAAAUGGGGUUUAUGCCAGUUACAUACAAGGAUCCGGCAUAUCUCAAAGACCCUAAAGUGUGUAACAUCAGGUACCGGGAAUAAACUGUGUGAAGUUACUGCCAAUAAACCUGGAAGUGAACAUGUUGGCACUGACGGAGCUGCUUUGAGUAAAAGUGUCUUUCAAGGGAUUAGGAGGGAUGUACCCUUCCACACCAUGAGUGUGCUCUGGACACACUGCUUGAGAUGGUAAUGUUACUUUGUACACUUUGGUGUCGCACCCUCUUUAUAUGGUACCUUUGAUUAUGGAAGGGGCGGGCUUCUAUUAGAUUUCCACCUGGGCCCAGAUUCCGUACUUACACACGCGAUGGUUUUAGGGAUUGGUUAUAGAAAGGUAGUGUUUAUGAAUUCCACGUAACUGGCUGUGGAAUUCAACUUGCUUUGGAGCCAUUCUGUGGUUUUGUGUGCACAGGAGUGUAUGGAGGCUACAAGUUGAUAUCAGGUUUUUUUCUCAAUGUAACGCCACCUUUUUUUUUUUGCAAAACAAUUAUUCACUGAUUUGUGUGUGCCUGCCAUGAGGGCACAUGUGGAGGCCAGAGGUCAUUGUCCAGGCAUGAUUUCUGUCCUUCCAGCCAUGAGUUCUGGUGACAGAACCCAGGUCUCCGGGCUUAGCACAAGUAUUUCAACCCACCAAGCCAUUGUGCUGGCCCAUUUACCUCAUGGUCUGAGACCAGGUCUCACUGGAGUUCACUUAGACUGACCAGCUGACUCCCAAACCCCAGGGACCCUCUUCCCCCCACAGUCUCAGUGCCAGGCUUAACCAAAACUGUGCUCUUGGCUCUUCAGUCACUCAUCUCCUUUGACCACACACAUGCACAUGCCCUUUAUUUUAAUGCAGUUGUUGUGUUUCCAAACACAAGUCCUCAUGCUUAUUGGCACCUUUGCUGACCUAUCUCCUAGAGUCGUUUGCUAACUAGUCAAUGUUAAUUGCGCCUGUCAGAGUUCUCAUUGCAGAGGUGCACACAGGGAAUGAUAGUAGGCUAGUCCCUGCAAGACAAACUGUUCCUGGACCGCUGUUCUGUACACGGACGGAUGACACGUAGUCUGCUUUUGGUCGUCUGUGAUGAGAGGAGGAUCUGUUGACAACUAUGGCUCUUGUCCUGUGCUGUACAGUACAGUUUACUACAUCACCAGAAAAUCACCCCAGCAAGCUGUACAAAUCAUCCCCUGGGUAAUGGGUGGCUUCACAACAACCCCAUAGAAUUAAUGCAUAUCAACACCCAAGUCAAAGUGCUACUGCUACAUAGAAUCAUGUCUUAAGUAGUUUCUCCAGGCAGCAACAAGUAGAGAACAAGGGUAAAGUGUGUUCAGUGUUAAUGUGCACCAAGUAGAACAUAAGAUAACAUGUGUGCACUUCACCGAACAGGUGAAAAAGAUGAACACAUCUGCAAGGACAGUUUUGUUUGCCCCUUCUGAGAUGGAGGCAGAGUUACCUGUUCCUGGGCUCAAGCAGUCAUCUGGCCUGAGGUGGGAACUGCAUGAAGAUGCAGAGAUUUAUCUCGAUUUUUCUGUGUUUCUCUGUGUACCCUGGCUGUCCUGAAACUCACGCUGUAGACCAGGCUGACCUUGAACUCAAAGAGGUCAGCCCUGCCUCUGGCAGCGCUGGGAUUAAAGGCAUAUGCUGUCACCACCACCCAGCAGCACAUAUUUUAAUUUAUGUUUAUUUCUGUGUGUGUGAGAGACAGAGAACACAUUCUUGGAAGCUGGAAGGGCAUUGGAUUCCCUGGAGCUGGAGUUACAGGUGGUUGUGAACUGCCUAAUGUAGGUGCUGAGAACCAAAUUCCAGUCCUCUGAAGUGCUUCAAGCACUCUUAAUUGCUGGGCUCUCUCUUCAGUAAGAAUCUUAAUGAAGUAGAUAAAAAACAAGACUUAAAAACUUUAGAAUUUUAUUAAG